CACGUCGACGCCCGGCCCCCUGCCCGAGGCCUCUGCCGGGGGAACCCUCGCCCUCCCGCCCGCGCGCUCGGCCGCCAGUCCCGCAGUCCUCCGUCUGUCGGUCUUCCCCGCUGCGCCCCUCGGAGAGCCGGCGGCGCCAUGUCUUCGCCUCCGGAAGGGAAACUGCAGACCAAAGCUGGACACCCGCCCGCCGUGAAGGCUGGUGGAAUGCGGAUUGUGCAGAAACAUCCACAUACCGGAGACUCAAAGGAGGAAAAGGACAAGGAUGAGCAGGAAUGGGAAAGCACCAGCCCACCUAAACCAACUGUGUUCAUCUCUGGAGUCAUUGCCCGGGGUGACAAGGACUUCCCACCAGCCGCCGCUCAGGUGGCUCACCAGAAGCCACAUGCCUCCAUGGACAAGCAUGCCUCACCAAGAACACAGCACAUCCAACAGCCUCGCAAGUGACAGGUGCCCAGAUCCCAGCACCCUCAGCAGCACCCCAGCUCGCCUCCUGGGACACAUUCCUGACCCAAAGAACCAGCAUGUUCUGCAAAAUUCUGCAAAGUUCAUAUCCCUAAUGACAAAGGCAAAGUGUGUCUUCCAUGUCUCAAAUCCCCAUAUUUAAAACUAGAAAAGGCUCAAUCCCCAAACUUUGUUUCGAAGAGUUCUAGUUGGAUGUCACUAAGGUCCUAGAAGUGCCAUUAGCAGAACUUGACAAAUCCUGAGUAAAAGGGAGUCCACACUGUAGCGAUCAGUCUCUUCAAGUCCUUACCUGUAAUCCUAACAUAAGAGGCCACAAAUUCAGAGAGAUUUGAUAAGGUUAGGGGAAACAGUAUCAUGUCGUGCACUUUAUUAAUCGGGUCCUCCUCCUGCCCCACAUGCCCUAGGCUGCCCCCUCCAGUUCAUGACUGUAGCCUUGCUGCUUUUCUGCACCGUCAAAGGGCUCAUUAGGCAAACGUUGAACCUCCUGGAGAACUGCUUGUGGAGGGUGUUCCUGACUCACCGUGGUCUGUAGUGGGGUCUGCGGCAGGGCACGGUGGUGCUGGGAACAGCAUCACACCUCCAGCCAUCCUGGUGCCCCUCUCCAGGCCUGUGUUCCAGCUUAAAGGGGGUAGCCCUGCAUAUUUUCUAGGUAGUUUGGUGUCCUAGCAGGCAGACUUACAGGGAGCAGGUGCAUAAACCUCUAGGCCCCAUGUUGUCUAAAUGUUGGUAUGAAUCAAGGGUGACUUUGGAGACCCAUUGGCCACAGCAGUCUGGAACAUGCAGCCUCACUGUCUUACGAAACCAAGUAAAGGAAAAGUUUAGAGCGGGCUACUCCAGGUCCCCCUAUGCUAACCAUCCCAAUUCCGCUGCAGAAAUUGUGACACAUCUGCCUUUGAGAUCAGCAGCCCAAGGGAAAGGCUCUGUUCUCUCAACUUUGAGGUAGCUUAGGUGUGGGUCUGUGGGCUCUGGGUCACUGAAGGCAAACUGAUGCUCCGAAUGGUUUCUAAAUUGUUGUCUUUGAGGAUAAUAGUGGUUAUAAUAAAGCUCCUGCAUUUCUGCCCUG